UCUCCUUUAAAAAUUAGUAAUUUAUCGAACUACAUAUCCGUUUGUGGUUUUUAUAUUUAUAGUUGUUGUUAGACCCUACACACGUUAGCAUCUCCCUGCGUUUGGCAUACACACCGGUGAGUCUCUUAUACCCCCUUUUCUCCCCUGAUUUUCCCAACCCUGUUGGCCUCAUCCCCCCCUCCCCAACUCCCAGUUCUUGUGACUUGUUACAUCACAAGAUAACACCCCUGUUAUCAAUCACAUAAUUCCCACACGUGAUGAGCUCCAAGUCAGCCGCCGCCAUUCUCCAACGGCAGUUUCGAGACUUGACGGACCCCAAAAGUGGGAUUCCUUCUUUUCAUAUUGAGUUGGAUAAUGACAACAUCUUUUUGUGGAAUAUCGGAAUCAUCGUUUUGAACCAAGAAUCGGUAUAUCAUGGCGGAUACUUCAAAGGACAAAUGAGGUUCCCCAGUGAUUUCCCGUUUUCUCCUCCAACCUUUAGGUUCACUCCUGCUAUCUAUCACCCUAAUGUUUAUAAGGAUGGUCGCUUGUGCAUUUCAAUCUUACACCAAGGAGGUGACCCCACUUCUGAUGAGCCUGAAAAUGAAACUUGGACCCCAGCGCAGACGGUCGAAAGCGUGUUGAUUUCGAUCAUCUCGUUGUUGGAAGAUCCCAACGUUUCGUCUCCUGCUAACAUCGAUGCCUCGGUGGAGUUGAGAAAGAACCCGGAGGCCUACAAAAAGAAAGUAUUGCAAGAAGUUGAAAAGUCCAAGAAAGAUAUUCCUGAGGACUUCAUAAUGCCCGAGCUGGAAAUGUACGCCUUUGGUAAUGGGUCUUCUUCCAAUAAAGAUAAUGAACAUGAUCAAGUUGAUGAAGAUUUUUGGUACGACACUGAAGAAGAAAGUUUUGAUGAAGAAAGCUUGAUGGAUGACAUGGAAAUGGAAGAAGACAACGAGGACGAUGAAGAAGAAGAGAAUGACGACGUUGAUAUCAUGAGUAAAUGAUCAGAGAACUGAGUGAUUGUUGACUGCCAACGACCAAUAUCCAUAAUCACAGCAUUAUCUAAUAUAUUAAUAUAAACAACUUUAACUGAAGCCCUCUAGUCCGGUGUUCAACGCCUCUGUUAAGCCGUCUAAUUUGGCCUUGGCUAUGGCAUCGGGUAACGAACUGUCGUAUAACACCACCACAUACAUUUUGUUUUCUUCAGUUUCCUGGGUCAACUGGAGUUUGCCCAUCACAAGCCGUAACUCGCUGUCUACCUUCACAAGGCACCAGGCUUCGCGAGAGUCGUAGUUGUUGAAUGCAAGUAGCAGGUAUAUUUUGAUGUUAUCGAUUGUGAGUUGCGAGUCAGCCUUGAUGACAGUGCUUAAAGGAACACCUUUGCUGGAGAGUAACGACACCGAGAUGGGUGCCGCCAACGAUGACUCCGUCUGUGAGGGUGAGCUGCUGGUCACCGGUACUGGCUUGAGUCCUUGGCACAAUACACGAGAUAUUUGUUUCAGCUGGAGCAUCUGGUGAGUGGAUGGAGAUUCAAUUAUCUAUUUUAGUGCGAUAGUGCGUAGACGGUGACACUGGAAAGACUUU